AGCUUUUGGAUCUCUCAGUGGGAGGUCAGCUAGCAGCCUUUGCCUGAUGGUCUGCUUUGGCUGGCUGCUGUUCUGGGCUGUCGCUUCUGCACUGGACUUGAGCUCUUUGUCGGGCCCGCUGCCGUACUUGGGGAGCCAGGUUGAGGUCAACCAGCCGUUCUCUACGCCACCUUACCUGCAGCCGCAGUGGUCCGCCACUGUGCUGUUCGAGGGCAAGUCGUUGGGUACUCAGUGGAAGGAUGGCAUGGGCGUGUUCCACUACGACAGGCUCGGAGAGAGGUACCGGCUGAACUACUCUGCUACUUCGCAAUUGUUUCGCCCCAGCUCGUGGCCAACGUGCCAAGCACAGAUAAUCGAACCUGGGGCGGCUUUGGCGUCAAUGGCACCUGCGACACCAUGGGCCGCAAGUACGCGGACUUCUUCGCUUGGAUGGCGCUUGCAAAGCCGAUUGGGGAGAAGGUCAUCCAUGACACGCCCUGCAGUGUGCACAGGGCUGAGUAUGCUGGACCGGUGCUGGGCGACAAUGACACGAUAAUCAUGACUGCCUGUGUGGUCAGCAACGGCACGGUGCUGGAGGUGAGUCAACGUAUACCAGCUGGCAAAUUCAGCGGCACGCAGACCUAUCGCUUUUUGAACAUUUCUGUGGGCGAUCCAGGCGAGACAGCCUUCCAGAGUUCCUAUGCUUGCGCGAAGCAGUACCCACACUCGCUUUGCCCGAGCCAGGGGGUCCAAACGCUGGACAUUUACCGCAUCUUCGGUAAGGGCGAGCCUUUGGAGCUGCAGAACCGAGACACCGGCGACGUGCUGGGGGACGUGUCCUUCGUGUGCACGCAAGGUUCAGGUGCAUCGUACGAGUCCAAGUUCAUUACGCACUGGCAGGUUGACGUGAGCACGGCUUUUGCGCAGUACGCCCUGUGCAACUACAACGGCACCAGCAACAACUGCAUGGGGGCUGGCUCUAUGCUGCAUCAAGUGGGCCGCCGUGCCUCUCAGGCGCAAUCCCCCGGGCCUUGGAACGGCCAGUGCUACGACAACGUGGAUGUGGGCAAUCAAUACAGCUUCCCGGCUGCUGGCCUUUACCCUCCGGGAGAGACACCUGGAGGAAGAUGCUCCUGGGCAAACCCCCGGCCGCUGCGCACGGUGAGUGCAAGCUGCGUAAUGACCCAGCGCAAGCUCCUUGAGGUUUGCAAGAUGGAGUUUGGCCAUGCGCCCUUCUUGCGAUCUGCCAAGAUCUUUGAGGAUGCCCUGGCAAGCGCAGAUGAAAGCAAGGGCGGUUGUCCGGAUGUGACGCUCGAGGUGCAACUUGUGUGAUUCGUUUCGCGGCCUAGUCAGAUAUUCAGAGACAGCUGCGAAGAUGCCAGAAGGACCUGUUCGCAGAGUGCUCAUGGCCCGUUUUGGCCGUGCAGUCUCAAAGGGCAGACCUUGGGCACAAGACCUGGACGGCAAAAUGACGACAGGGUUUUCCUCACCAAGGCCCUUUUUUUGAAGCAAGCGGCCAACAGAAGGUUUGGUUUCCCAUUUUAAGGCAUGCCCUG